AUGGAGAAGAUGUUGGUUUUAUGUGAAAAUGGUAAUUCGGAACUAUUAAAAUAUGUGGUUCAAUCUAAAAUAGGUGGAGAUAAAUUAGAUAUGAGUCUGUGUAUUGAUCGAGCCGCAGAAUUUGGAAAUCUAGAUGCUGUUAAAUAUUUAAGUGAGAAUCGUAAAGAGGAAUGUACAACAGAGGCAAUGGACAUUUCAGCAAAGGGAUGUACAAAGAAGGCUAUGCAGUUAGCUUGUGAGAAUGGUCAUCUUCAAGUUGCGGAAUUUCUUCACAAGUAUCGAUUCGAAGGAUUAGAUCGAUUUGCCUCGAUAAAUAAUUCUAUAGGUGGUUUUCUAAAGAUUGUCCAAUUUGUACAAUCAAACAAUAGAACGAUUCACUAUAAGAAUACUUUUGACAAUGUUGCCAAGAAGGGACAUCUUGAUAUUCUUAAAUUCCUGCAUUAUCAAAGAAAAGAAGAAUGUAGUACCAAUGCUAUCGACUGGUCUGCCGCCAAAGGUCACUUUUCGGUCGUGGAAUUCCUUCUUAACAAUAGAACAGAAGGGUUUACAGAGGACGCUUUAAUACAAUCUGCUAGAAAUGGUCACCUUUCAAUCUUUGAAUUUCUUUAUAAACAUAGAAAGUCCUCAUUCUCUAUUUAUAGAGCAAUGGAAACAGCAAUUCAACAUCAACAAACUCAAAUAAAUAAGAGUAAAUUUUAUAGAAUAUAA